AUUAUCAUCUUGAUCCUACUAAACCACCAAAGGAAUUGAAAAUUUUACCACAAAGAUAUUUACCAUGUACGUUCCUUCUUAAACCACGGCACUUUAAAAUUUUUGAAAGUUGGAUUGAAGAAGUUAAUCUGAAGAAUCAAAAAAGCAAAUCCUUUUUUAACAAAUUAUUUAAUUCAAAUACUACAAAUGAGAAUAAAAAACAUUCUAAAACAAUAACUUUAAAUACUAAACCAACACACUUUUCAAAUAAUAACCUUUAUGAUUUUAUUCUCCUUUAUCGUGGAAAGGAAAAUGAUUUUAACGCAAAAAAGUUUCAUGACUCAUGUGACAAUAAAGGUCCAACAUUAACAAUUAUAAAAACGUCUGAUCAACGUUUUUUUGGUGGUUAUAAUGAUUCAAACACAGAAAAUCAUUAUAUUGAAAGAAUA